UCCCAGGUUCCUGUUGCAUGUAAAUCAUGUCCCUGUGGCUACAUAUUUAUUAGUCGAAAACUCUUGCAUGCUAAACGUGCUGAGAGAUCACCACCCAUCACAGAAAACAAGAGUGAGGCCAAAAGGAGGCGGACAGAGAGAGUUAAGCGAGAGAAGAUAAAUUCUGCAGUAAAUAAAGACUUAGAAAACCGAAAAAGAUCCAGGUCUAACAGCCAUUCAGAUCAUAGCAGACGAGGAAGAGGAAGACCUAAGAGUGCCUCAGCGAAAAAGCACGAGGAAGAAAGAGAGAAACAAGAAAAAGAAGUUGACAUGUAUGCUAACCUUUCAGAUGAAAAGGCCUUCGUAUUUUCAGUGGCCUUGGCGGAAAUAAACAGAAAGAUUAUCAAUCAAAGACUUAUUCUGUAACUUGUAAGCACACUCUGAUGCAUUUAUAUGCAGAAUGGCUAGCAUAUUUCCAAGGUGUCGUGGACUCUCGGAAAGUGCGUUGUCUGCACCGACAAGGACCAUAGUAUUUCCUGUUAAAAUUCUGCUGCUGUUCUUGGAAAUCGAAUUCUAUCUCUACAAGUCAGAAAGAAAGUCACAAGAUUGUGCUUUGAAAAAUCAGAAAGCAGAUAUGUUUUACACCUUGAAGACAAAUGCUAGACAAGUGGACAGAGAGACUGCACCCAUUCCAGAGCACUUCUUUUAAAUCUGCUGCCAGAAAUGCAAUAUUUUAAAUAUUUUCAGAAAUAAAUGAUUUUCCUUUAAAAUUAUAUAUUUCAGAUUUUUCAGCUAUAUUGCAGUUUACGUAUGUACAGUUCACAUAACUUUUUAAUAAAUUGAUAUUCCA